AUGGCGGAAGCAGAUCAGGCUGGGAAACUGUUCAUAGGAGGCCUCCAUGCUGACACCAAUGAAAAUUCUCUUGAAGUGGUAUUUGGGAAAUAUGGUCACAUUAUGGAAGUUAUGUUGAUGAAGGAUCAGAAGAAAAACAAGUCUAGAGGCUUUGCUUUUAUUACUUUUGAGAAUCCUGCAGAUACAAAGGAUGCUGUCCAAGAUAUGAAUGGAAAAUCUUUGGAUGGAAAGGCAAUUAAAGUAGAGCAAGCCAACAAACCAUCUUUUGAAAGCGGUGGUACACAGAGACCACAACCUCCUGCAAGAAACAGGGGAAAUGGAAGAGGAGGAAAUGGAAGAGGAGGAAGUGGGAGCGCAAGAGAGCAUCCCUCACCUGGAGGACACCUGGGUCGUUGUGGGCAUACUCCUAGUCCCAACGCGAAUUCUUCCAGGGGAGCCUUUCCAGUUAAAAGAGGACCAUCUUCGAGAAGUGGAGGUCCUCCUCCUAAGAGAUGUGCUCAGAGACGAAGCAGCAGUGGGGUGGGAAGACAAGGUUCAGUAUCACAUGGAAGAGAAAAUUAUGGAGGUCCUCCUCGUAGAGAGCCAGUCUCUUUUCAGAGAGUUGGCUAUAUGUCACAAAGAGAUGGUGGUUAUGCUACUAGAGACAGUUAUUCACGGAGAAAUUAUCCAAGCUUCCGAGCCAGCAAGGAUUAUAUUCCGCCACGUAGAGUCUAUGCACACGGUUAUUAUGGACAUUCAAGUUCUCGGAUUGAUCAUCCCUCUAGAGGAUAUAGUGAUCGUGAUGGCUAUGGUGGAAAUCCUGAUACAGAUUAUUCUGCAUAUCGAAGUGGAAGCUCUUACAGGGAUUCAUAUGGGAGU